AGAAAACUUCAAAAAAAAAAGUUCAUGUCGAAAUAUUCUUUGUAGAAUUUGCAUAAAAUUUAUGUCUGUCUACAAUUUGCUUGCACCUUACAGGUUCUUUCAGCCAGCAAAUGCGAAUAAACGGGAGAAAAUUCCCUAAUUGGUUGAAUUUAUGUUCACUCUAUGGACCGGAAUGUAAAAGACUCAGCUAGAUUGAACAGCUCGAGUUCUUCCAGCCGGAGUGAUGGUUUUGCAUCUGUUUCAAGUAACAAUGUGAAGCAGCAGGCAUGUUUGGUAGAAUGGAUAAAUUCAGUUCUUCCCGACCUACAUUUUCCAGCAAAUGCUUCGGAUAAUGAGCUACGAGACAUCCUCAUUGAUGGAUCUGUUCUAUGUCGAAUAGUAAACAGGAUAAAACCUGGCUCUAUUUCUGAGCGUGACUCAAAAUCAAAAGUCGAAAGAUUCUUGUCCGCAAUGGAUGAAAUGGGGUUGCCAAGGUUUCAAGUGGAUGACCUUGAAAAGGGAUCUGUGAAGAUGGUGUUGGACUGCCUCUGGACGCUGCGGAUGCAUUUCAUGAUGCGGUUUAGCAGAAUGGAUUCAAUGAACUCGGGAUGGAAAUCCGUAGGCGAUAGGGGGGGAAGUGCUAAUAGCACUCCAAAGGAGGAACGCUUUCGGAUGCUGUCUUCUCCACCUUUUGGAGAAGACAGGCGGAAGUUUUUACCCGACACAAAAUCUCUACACGGAAUGCGCAAUAGUCCCAAAAUGACAGCCUCUGUCAUAAGUCACUCUGGCCACAAGUUUCAUGAAGUCUUUCAGCUCAAACAAGGGUCUUAUGCGGAUCUCCCUGCUGCAAAGAUCUCGGAAAUGAUGAAAUCGAACAGCUUGGACAAUGCUCCGACUCAAUCACUGUUGAGCGUUGUCAACGGCAUAUUAGACGAGAGCAUGGAGAUGAAGAGUGGAGCAAUACCUCACAGCGUUGUUUGCCUUCUGAGGAAAGUCGUGCAGGAGAUUGAGCGCCGGAUAUGCACUCAAGCAGAGCACUUGCGCACGCAAAAUAACGUAUUCAAGGCCCGAGAAGAGAAGUACCAAUCCAGAAUUCGAGUGCUCGAAGCCCUUGCAACGGGGACUAGCGAAGAAACGCAGAUUGUCAUGAAUCAACUCAAGCAGAUUAAGAAUGAUAAGAACAAAUUUGAGGAGAAAAAGGUGGCGGAAGAGCACGAGACAUGGAAACUUGUCAAAGAGAAAGAUGACCUCAAUCAAGCGGUGGCAAAUUUGAGGCAAGAGCUAAGAGAGAUGAAUGACAUGACAAGCCCGAUAAAUGAGAAACACAACCUUAAUCAAGAGGUAGCAAGUUCGGGGAAAGAUCAUAGUGAAAGAAGUGAGUUUAAUCAAGAAUCAGAAAAGACGAGGCAGGAGACUAGAGGCAUUCAAGAGCACGAGGCAAUGAAAACCAGUGAGCUUGAGGAUAAACUAAAAGAAACACAAAGCUUAUUAACAGAGUCGAGAAGUAGAAUGAAGGAGCUUGAGGCAAUGAGAGUCGAAGGUGGAGGAACUCAACAAGAUCUUGAGAGAAAAUUGAUGGCAGCUGUGAAGUUUUCGACCGAGUUGAGAUCUCGAGUGAAGGAGCUUGAGGCUAUGGAUAGAGGAACUCAAACCGCUAAACAAGAGCUUGAAGAUAGGCUGAAGGAAGCUGUAAGCUCAUUAGAUGAGUCAAGGUCCAGAGUGAAGGAGCUCGAGGCAAUGAAAGUCGAAGGUGGAGACACUCAGGAAGAUUUUGAGAGAAAAUUUGUGGCAGCUGUGAAGUUGUCGACAGAGUUGAGAUCUCGAGUGAAGGAGCUUGAGGCCAUGAACACCGAAGCUCGAACCACUAAACAAAAGCUUGAAGAUAGGCUGAAAGAGGCUGUAAGCUCGUUAGAUGAGUCAAGGUCCAGAGUGAAAGAGCUCGAGGCAAUGAGAGUCGAUGGUGGAGGCACUCAACAAGAUUUUGAGAGAAAAUUGAUGGCAGCUGUGAAGUUGUCGACAGAGUUGAGAUCCCGAGUGAAGGAGCUUGAGGCUAUGAAUAUAGAAGCUCGAACCACUAAACAAGAGCUUGAAGAUAGACUAAAGGAGGCUGUAAGCUCGUUAGAUGAGUCGAGGUCUAGAGUGAAAGAGCUCGAGGCAAUGAGAGUCGAUGGUGGAGGCACUCAACAAGAUCUUGAGAGAAAAUUGACGGCAGCUGUGAAGUUGUCGACAGAGUUGAGAUCUCGAGUGAAGGAGCUUGAGGCUAUGGAUACAGAUGCUCGGACCACUAAACAAGAGCUUGAAGAUAGGCUGAAGGAAGCUGUAAGCUCGUUAGCUGAGUCGAGGUCCAGAGUUAAGGAGCUCGAGGCAAUGAGAGUCGAAGGUGGAGGCACUCAACAAGAGCUUGAGAGUAAAUUGAUGGAAGAUGUGAACUUGUCAACAGAGUUGAGGUCUCAAGUGAAGGAGCUUGAGGCUAUGGAUACAGAUGCUCGGACCACUAAACAAGAGCUUGAAGAUAAGCUGAAGGAAGCUGUAAGCUCGUUAGAUGAGUCGAGGUCCAUAGUUAAGGAGCUCGAGACAAUGAGAGUCGAAGGUGGAGGCACUCAACAAGAAGAGCUUGAGAGAAAAUUGAUGGAAGCUGUGAUGUUGUCAACAGAGUUGAGGUCUCGAGUGAAGGAGCUUGAGGCUAUGGAUACAGAAGCUCGAACCAUUAAAAAAGAUCUUGAAGAUAGGAUGAAGGAAGCUGUAAGCUCGUUAGAUGAGUCGAGGUCCAGAGUAAAGGAGCUUGAGGCGAAUAAAGCUAAAGCUAACAGCACCCAACAGGAGCUUGAGAAUAGGUUGAAGGAAGCUGAAAGCUCGUUAACAGAGUCGAGAUCUAAAGUGAAGGAGCUUGAGGCAAUGAAAUCUGAAGCUCACAGCACUCAACAGGAGCUUGAGAAUAGGUUGAAGGAAGCUGAAAGCUCGUUAACAGAGUCGAGAUCUGAAGUGAAGGAGCUUCAGGCAAUGAAGGCUCAAGGCGAAGCUGCACAACAAGACGCGGGGAACAAAUUGAAGGAGGCUCAAGUCACGCUAGAAGAGUGGAGAAGUAGAGUGAAGGAACUUGAGGCAUUAUCAAAAUCAAAAUCCGAAUGGUGGAAGAAGAAAGAGCAACUUCACCAAAUCUUUACAGAUUCACAGCUUGGCGCACUACAUAUACUGAGAUUCACGUAUCAGUCGAUCCAGCAAGAAGUCGAGAAAACAGAGCUAUACUAUUCAGAAGCGCUCAGUGACUUAGGUGCGAAAAUAAAGGUUCUAGCCGACGCAGCAAAGAACUAUCAUCCACUCCUUGCGGAAAAUCGUAAGCUGCACAAUGAGUUGCAGGAGCUAAAAGGAAAUAUUAGAGCAUACUGCCGGAUAAGACCGUUUCUCCCAGGGCAAAAAGGGAAGCAAUCAAUUAUUGAAAACAUUGGUGAAAAUGGUGAGCUAACGGUCGCCAACCCCGCCAAACCAGGGAAAGAAGGGCGCCGUUCUUUUAGGUUUGAUAAAGUGUAUGGCAUAUCAUCAACUCAAGCUCAAGUUUUUGCAGAUACUCAGCCAUUGAUACAAUCUGUUCUUGAUGGAUUUAAUGUGUGCAUUUUUGCCUAUGGUCAGACUGGUUCGGGGAAAACAUACACGAUGACUGGUCCAGAUGGAGCAAGUGAGGACGAAUGGGGGGUCAACUAUCGAGCAUUGAAGAACCUCUUCACCAUCGCACAAGAUCGGGGGACCAUCUUUCAAUACGAGGUUUCUGUUCAGAUGGUGGAGAUAUACAACGAACAAGUCCGCGAUUUGCUCUCCAAUGAUGGCCAAAAAAAACUUGGGAUCUUGACUAGCUCCCAACCAAACGGGCUAGCCGUCCCGGAUGCAAGCAUUCAGCAAGUCAACACGACCGAAGAAGUGAUGAAACUGAUGGAUAUUGGACUGCAGAAUAGAGCUAAAAGCGCCACUGCCAUGAACGAAAGAAGCAGUCGAUCACAUAGUAUCGUCUCAAUUCACACGCGAGGAACGGAAUUGAAGAGCGGUUCAUCUCUACGAGGCAGUCUUCAUUUGGUAGAUCUUGCAGGGAGUGAAAGAGUAGACCGCUCAGAGGUUACAGGAGACAGGCUUAAAGAGGCGCAACAUAUCAACAAAUCGCUAUCUGCCCUCGGUGAUGUCGUCUUUGCUUUGUCGCAGAAGUCUGCUCAUGUUCCUUACCGCAACAGCAAGCUCACUCAAGUCCUUCAGAGCUCAUUAGGUGGCCAUGCAAAGACCCUGAUGUUUGUACAGCUUAAUCCCGAUGCUACUUCUUUUAGUGAAACGUUGAGUACCUUAAAAUUUGCUGAGAGGGUGUCGGGAGUCGAGUUGGGUGCAGCAAAGAGCAGCAGAGACAGCAAAGAAGUACGCGAAUUGACGGAUCAGAUUGCAACUCUUAAAGAGAGUUUAGCUAAGAAAGACGAGGAGUUAGGGGCGCUGCAGAAGCCGCUUAGAGAUCAAAAAAUUGGAGUUUCUGGAGAGAGAAGGGGUCCUAGAUCAAUGAGGUAACGAUGAAGCUGAUGGCUCUUGCAGAGCGAAAAAUAUUGAUGAGCACGUAUAUAUAGCGUUAGAAAUAUUCCCGGUUUGUACAGCUUAACUGAUGCUCACAUUUUUUUUUGUUCUCGUUGUCUGUUCACUCUCAAUCCAUGUUGAUCGACUCAUAAUUUUUUCCCAGUUUGAA